UGGAGAUUGGAGACAUUCCACCAUCCAAACCCCUCUCUCUCUCUCUCUCUCUCACACACACAACUUUUUCUUUCAAAAAUUUAAAACUAGUGCAUGUUUCCAUCACAACCCAUUACUUAUUUCAACCCACAUGGGGUGAAACUCUAGAAAGCACACACAACCCAUUUUUUUGUUCUCUUUUAUUAGCUUAGUUGUAUGUGUCAAGACAUAAACCAAGUGGGCACUUGGAAAGUCUGGGUUUCUGGAGCUUUUGGAAAGUGAGAAAGUGAAUUUGGAUUUUUUUUUUUUUUUUUUUUUUUUUUUUUUUUUCUUAGAAUGGUUAAUCAGUGUAGGAUUUGUUCAAAGGUCUGCUUUCAUGGAAAAAAACUAGGAGUCACUAGUGUUAUUUUGAUCAAAGAAGAAGAGACCACCAAUGUACACAACAAACACAUACAAGUUGUAGUAGAAUAAAAAAAAAACACACACACAACACACAAUACACAAAUCACAAAAUUCCUCAAACAUGGCUUCUAGUUGUUUCAAGAUCUCCCCAAUCAUUCCCACUUUUGUUUGCUUGCUCUUUGUCAUUUCCUCUGUCUGUCCAGUCCUGUCAUCAAAAUCUGGUCAUCACCAUCAUCAUUCCAAUCACACUCACCAUCGAAGCAAAGGGUUCAAGAAGUUGAAGAUCAUUAGAGCUCAUCUCAAGAAGAUCAAUAAGCCUUCUGUCAAGACAAUUCAGAGUCCUGAUGGUGAUCUGAUAGAUUGUGUAGUAUCUCGUCAACAACCAGCUUUUGAUCAUCCUCAAUUAAAAGGGCAAAAACCAAUGGAUCCACCGGAGAGACCAAAAGGGAAUAAACCAAUAAGCACGACAUUGGAAAAUUUGCAGCUGUGGACUAUGUCUAAUGAAUCAUGUCCAGAAGGAACAAUCCCAAUUAGAAGAACAAGUGAUAAAGAUGUUCUAAGAGCUAGUUCCGUUAGAAGAUUCGGAAGAAAACCGCAAAGAUUCGGAAGAAAUCUGCGAAGACCUAUUCGCAGAGACUCUUCCAGCAAUGGCCAUGAGCAUGCAGUUGGGUAUGUAACUGGAAAUCAGUAUUAUGGAGCGAAAGCCGGUAUAAAUGUGUGGGCACCCAGAGUUACUAAUCAAUAUGAAUUCAGCUUAUCACAAAUGUGGGUGAUCUCUGGUUCAUUUGGUGAAGAUCUUAACACCAUUGAAGCUGGUUGGCAGGUUAGCCCAGAGCUGUAUGGGGACUACCGUCCCAGAUUCUUCACUUACUGGACAACUGAUGCAUAUCAAUCGACUGGAUGCUACAAUUUGCUAUGCUCCGGUUUUGUUCAGACUAACAGUAGGAUCGCGGUUGGGGCAGCAAUUUCUCCAAUUUCGUCCUACAAUCGUAGACAGUUCGAUAUCAGCUUAUUGAUAUGGAAGGAUCCAAAGCACGGACAUUGGUGGCUCGAGUUUGGGUCGGGGAUCCUGGUUGGUUAUUGGCCAUCAUUUUUGUUCACACACUUGAGAAGUCAUGCAAGCAUGGUGCAAUUUGGUGGAGAAAUAGUGAACACUAGACCAUCUGGUGUUCACACAACCACCCAAAUGGGCAGUGGACAUUUCGCUGGGGAUGGUUUCAGAAAAGCAUCUUAUUUUCGAAAUCUCCAAGUUGUUGAUUGGGGUAACAAUUUAAUUCCACUCUCAAAUUUCAGGGUAUUAGCAGAUCAUCCAAAUUGUUACAGCAUACAGAGAUGGGCUAAUAGGGUUUGGGGUAAUUAUUUUUAUUAUGGAGGGCCUGGAAGAAAUGCCAGAUGUCCCUAAAGUUUUAAAAAAAAAAGGAGUACAUGGUUGCAAAUUUAAGUUUUUAUUUUCUUUUAUUUUUAUAAAAAAAUUUCGAGUGAUAUGGAUUUUUUUUUUUUUUUGUAUCUUCAGUCACUUUUUGGGUUUGCUUAUUCUUGUAUUUUCAAUUUUUUUUUUUUGUUUUCUUAUAGAUGAUCGAUUAAAUAUACUGCUUUUAAAAGUAGUAUAAAUUUGGGAAAUAAAUACUAAAUAUACCAUUGUUUA